AUGCCCCCUCGCCAUCGAAUGAUUGGGUACAGAUGCAGCAAUUCUUGGAAGAUUUUCAAGAAAACUUUCAAGAUAACAUGCGACGAACAAUGGCUGAAGCAAUUCAGCAAGGAGUGUAGGAUGGAGUCCAAGCCGCCUGGGCAGCAAACGCAGCUAACGCCGACGCUCCUCGCGCUCAACAGCCUCAACGACAACAACGCCACAACAACAACCCUAUCUUUGAAGAACAAGUCGACGAUGCAUGACGUUUUGGAUAACCCCUUCGGCGAUAACAACCAACAACGUCAACAACACCACCAUCGCCAACAUCGCAACGAUGAUGAUUUUCGUUGGAAUUCGGGUUUAAAGAUAGAUAUCCCUGAGUUCCAUGGAGGAUCAAAACCAGAGGAGCUACUCGAUUGGUUUGUCACGGUCGACGAAGUCAUUGAGUUCAAAGACGUUCCAGAACAAAAACGAGUCCCGCUUGUCACUACGCGUUUUCGAGGGCACACCGCCUCUUGGUGGAGCCAAACUACGUUGUCACGAACUCGUCGUGGAAAGGAGAAAAUCACUUCUUGGGAAAAGCUAAAAAAACAUAUGCGGAAAACGUUUAUUCCGUAUAAUUUUGAACGCUUAUUAUUCCAAAAGUUCCAUAACAUCCGUCAAGGUUCACGCUCCGUGGAAGACUAUUCUAACGAAUUUUAUCUGAUGCUCACACGUGUGGAUAUUCAUGAUUCGGAAGAUCAAUUGGUGGUGCGUUAUAUUGCGGGUUUACGAUCCCAGAUACAGACCAUGCUGCACCAGUUUGAUCCUUGUUCUGUCUCCGAAGCUCGUCAAAGAGCCCUCCUCAUAGAACAACAGUCACGAUCAAACACUAGUCAAUGGACAAACAACUCUCGUCCUCGCACCACCGCGACAAACGAUGACACCAAGACAGCAACACAUCGCGAGACUACUACCCCACGCAACAACAAUCGACCGGCCAACACAACAGCAGCAGAGACAGCAUGUCCUCAGGGACGUCGCGGGUUACUUGCUUCUGAUAAAGAGAUUACAGGAGAACCAAUUUAUGAUGACGAAGAAGAACAGAUAGAGAAUGUCGAAGAAGAGCAAGUCCCGGGUGAUACCGGAACGUUUCUAAUGCUCCGUCGAAACUGUUUAGCUCCAAAAACCAGUGAAGCCUGGCAGCGUACUUCGCUAUUCAGUUCUACUUGCACGGUGAAAGGGAAAAUAUGUUGUUUUGUGAUCGACUCAGGUUGCUCCGCCAACGUCGUAUCAGAGGAAGCCGCGCGUAAGCUAGCACUCACAGCCGAAGCACACCCGCACCCAUGCCGUCUCUUAUGGAUGCAAACAGGAGCAGAAGUCUAUGUUUCUAAACGCACUCAAGUGCCCCUAUCCAUUGGAUCCUUCUACAAAGAAACAUUAUACUGCGAUAUAGCUCCGAUGGAUGUGUCUCAUAUCAUUCUCGGUCGUCCUUGGCAAUAUGAUUGGGAAGUACUCCACAAUGGCAAACUUAACACACAUUCGUUUAUGUUUCAAGGGCGCAAGAUCACUUUGCUCCCUUCACCCGAGGUUGACAUUACCGCGACUAAGGAUAAUCAACAAAACACGCCAAAACAGAACCUCCUAAUCAUCUCCAAAUCUCAACUUGAGGACGAGCUGCGUGCUGCUUGUCCAAUUUUUGCGUUGAUCGCUGCCGAUGCGAAAAUUGCAACGACUAAUGUCGUCCAGCGCGAAUUUGAAACAAUCAUCACCGACUUCCAUGAUCUAUUUCCAGAGGAUUUACCCGCCGGAUUACCUCGUCUAAGAGACAUACAGCAUCACAUUGACCUUGUCCCGAAUGUCGUCUUACCUAAUCGGGCACAUUAUCGUAUGAGUCUCGAAGAGCACGAAGAGUUACGACGUCAAGUAGAGGAACUAUUACUUAAAGGUUACGUGCGUGAAAGUCUCAGCCCCUGUGCCGUCCCAGCACUAUUAAUCCCAAAGAAGGACAAAAUGUGGCGUAUGUGCGUCGACAGUCGGGUAAUCAAUAAGAUCACAACAUGUUACCGGUUUCCUAUACCUCGUUUAGAUGAUCUGCUAGAUCAGAUAGGAAAAGCCACUAUUUUUACUAAAUUGGAUCUGAAAAGUGGCUAUCAUCAGAUUCGAAUCCGCCCAGGGGAUGAAUGGAAAACAGCUUUCAAGACGCGCGAAGGGUUGUUCGAAUGGCUCGUUAUGCCUUUCGGGUUAUCCAAUCCUCCUAGCACAUCCAUGCGAAUCAUGAAUCAAGCACUGCAACCAUUUAUUGGAAGAUUUGUUGUGGUUUAUUUUGACGACAUUCUCAUAUUUAGCAAUUCUCUUGACGAGCAUCUGCUGCACUUACGGGAUGUCUUACUAGUCCUUCGCCGGGAAAAGCUUUACAUCGCCAAACACAAAUGUGAGUUUGGCGUUUCCGAAGUUUUGUUUCUUGGCUACGUAGUGUCUGCUGCAGGCCUCCGCGUGGACCCUCAGAAGGUGGCUGCCGUGUCCUCAUGGCCAGUUCCGACGACUAUCACCGACGUUCGAAGCUUUCACGGGUUAGCGUCUUUCUAUCGGCGGUUUGUGUAUAACUUCAGCACAAUCAUGGCACCAAUAACGGAUUGCAUGAAGAACACUACCUUCGUAUGGACACCUGAGGCAUCACAAGCGUUCGAGCUCAUCAAACCUAAGUUAACAACUGCUCCUAUACUAGUGCUUCCGAACUUUGAUCUACCUUUUGAGCUUCAUUGUGACGCUAGUAAACUAGGCGUUGGCGCGGUCUUAAGUCAACAGGGGCGCCCCGUUGCCUAUUAUAGUGAGAAGAUGGCAGGAGCUAGAGCUCGUUACAGUACCUAUGACGUGGAAUUUUAUGCGAUCGUGCAAGCAAUAAAGCAUUGGCGCCAUUACCUUGCUCAUAAGGAGUUUGUUUUGUUUACCGAUCACGUCGCGUUGAAAUACCUGGAUACACAGGAUAAAAUAUCGUCGCGACAUGCUUCAUGGAUUGCUUAUCUUCAACAAUUUACGUUUGUGAUUAAGCACCAGUCGGGAAAACUAAAUAAGGUUGCGGAUGCUCUGAGCCGCAGGCACGCGUUAGUUGCAACUCUGCGGGUCAGUGUCCUUGGAUUUGAAUGCUUCGCGGAGUUAUAUGCAACGGAUCCUUUCUUUGCAGCCGUGUGGACAGACCUUAACCAGAACGUACGCUCUGACUAUUCGAUUGUCGAGGGUUUCAUCUUCAAAAACAACUGGUUGUGCGUCCCCGAGAGUAGCUUACGUUUGCAGAUCAUUAAAGAGUUACAUGGUGAGGGCCAUGUUGGUCGAGAUCGGACACUUAAGCGUGUGACCGAUUCUUAUUUCUGGCCAACUUUACGGAGGGAUGUGGAAUGGUUCGUAGCUCGCUGCACGACUUGUCAACGGAGAAAGGGCCAUGCGUCUAAUGCUGGUUUAUAUCUCCCGUUGCCCAUUCCGACAAAGCCUUAG